UUUACCUCAUCUACAUAAUCGGGUCCAUACAUCAUCUGCAUUACAUGCUGUACAUGUAUUGUACUACGCUGGUGGUGUACUCAGGAAAGUCCACUUCUGGAUGUAAUGAUUGAUCCCUUUUUGCUUCAGAUUUCAGAGCAUCGCCAACCAUUUCAUGGUCCAUGGCUACGUAAUUAUUACUAUGUGACUAUAUGAAGAAAUGACCUCUCCAAAUUACGCCAAAUUAUGCCUGUGAACACAGCUUAUCGUGAGAAUUUUAAAGACAGUUUGUGUCACUGUAUUCUCAACAGCUAUUUCUGAUUGCUGGUUAAGCUCUACAAUAUUAUAAAUGAGGUUCCACGUGGAUGAACGAACAGAAACAAUCAGCUACACUGUAGCUUACUUAUGGAGGUGAACCUGGGGAUAAGAUUGUCAAGGACGGUGUUAAAACAAACUGUCCCUGUGGAAACUUCCUCUGUAUCAUUUUAGCCAUGCAUGCAAGUCCAUGGAUUGAUAUGGUUUGUUUGAUAUAUUAGUAAGGGAUGCCCUUUUUAUUCUAGUCUGUUUCCGAUAUGGGCUGUGCUCCAAGCAUUACAGUAUCUCAAAGUGGUGUUGUGUACUGUCGAGAUUCAGAUGAUUCAAACUCUCCAAAGCCCUCAUUCAGUCAGCAACAAAUUGUACAUAUAAGGAAAAGUAAUACAGCUGAGUUGUCAGACACUGGACUAUCUGCCGCAGGUACAACAGUUGCAGUUUUUCAUAGGAAAGAGCGAAGAGGAACUAUAAGUAUUGAAGCUGAAACACAAACCAGUAAAUCAACUGUCAGUAUGAAGGGAAUGGCAAGUGAAGUGUCGUUUGGGCCCAUUAAGCUCUGUCAGCGUGCAAUGCAGAUUUUGUUGGUAUUUUCUAAAGAAGAUGCUCAGAGUGAUGCAUUUUGGUGGGCAGCAGACAAGGGUGGUUAUAAGUGCAAUAUUGCUCGAAAUCCCACUGAUGCGCUGGAAUGCUUUGUGGAAAAGCAGCACGAUAUCAUUAUCAUUGAUCACAGAUAUUCUAAAAACUUUGAUGCCUUGGGUUUGUGCAGAUCAAUGAAGGCUACGAAAUACAGCGACCACGUUGUUAUGGUAGCUCUGACAAGAAAAAGUUCUGUUGACAAAGAUGAGAUCUCCAUCUUGCCGCUUUUAAAUGCUGGGUUUAAUCGUCGCAUAUUUGAGAAUGCCAACACUGCUACCUGCCUGAACGAGCUUUUGCAGUUGGAGUAUGGAGAGGUUAGGUCACAGAUCAAACUCAGGGCCGUAAAUGCAUUACUUAGUGCACUUGAAAAAUGCUCAGAUGCAGUGGAAAUAACCAAUGAGAAUCGCACUGUCCAAUUCAUCAACACAGCCUAUAAACAGCAAAUGGGAUACACCAGUGAGGAACUAGUAGGCCAUGAAAUGGAAGACCUCCCUCGAUGUGACAAGAACAAACCAGAGCUUAUGGAUUCAAUUUACUCCCAACUCAAAAAGGCAAAGAAUUGGGAAGGUAUGCUGUACUCCAAGAAAAAGAAUGGGGAGAGUGUGCCCCAGCUUGUUCAUAUCAGCCCUAUAACUGGACAGGGAGGAAAAGUGCGUCAUCAUGUGUACAACAUAAAGUAUCAUAUGGCAGUCAACCAGAAUGUAUUCAGCCAAGAUCUCAAACAGAUUGACAAAUUUGCAUCGAAACUAUCUAAUGGUGCAUCUGUACGCCGUCAGUCAGUUGCAAGAAUACACUCGAUGACAAUUGAGGCACCCAUUACCAAGGUGAUUAACAUUAUAAAUGCUGCCCAGGAAAACAGUCCUGUAACUGUAGUGCAGGCUUUAGAUCGUGUUCUUGAGAUAUUGCGAUCAUCUGAACUUUAUAACCCUCAGCUGACAUCACAACAGGUGAAAGAGGAAGAUCAGAUGACUUCAGAUCUUGUUGGCGGUCUUAUGACACAUGGUAGCUACAAUGCCAAGAGAAGAACAUCAGGAUCUGAUGCUGCAUUAACCAAAACAAACAGCUCAUCGCAACAUUCUCCAAGCAGUCCAACCUCUCAUAUGAGUCAAGCACCAUUAGAAGUUUUAAAGAUGCUUGAGAGAGAAUUGGCCUGGGAUCUUAAUAUCAUAGAAGUAGAAAGGAUAACUCUACAUCGGCCACUCAUCUAUCUUGGAUUGAAGAUUUUUAAUCGUUUCAAGGCUGGUAGUUUUCUCGGAAUCUCAGAAACUGUUCUUCGUAACUGGCUGCAAGUAAUUGAGGCCAACUACCACAGCUCGAACCCUUAUCACAACUCAACACAUGCAGCAGAUGUCUUGCAGGCUACAGCCUAUUUCAUUAGCAAGGAAAAACUAAAGGGUUGCUUUGAGCCUGCUGAUGAUAUUGCUUCACUUAUUGCUGCUACAUUACAUGAUGUUGACCAUCCAGGAAGAACCAACUCAUUCCUUUGCAAUGCUGGCAGUGACCUUGCAAUACUCUAUAAUGACACGGCUGUACUAGAAAGUCAUCAUGCUGCACUUGCAUUCCAACUGACUACAAGAGAAGACAGGUGCAACAUUUUCAAGGAGUUAGAUAGAGAAGACUACCGCGCCAUGAGACAUACCGUUAUCGACAUGAUUCUUGCUACUGAAAUGACUAAACACUUUGAACAUCUGUCUAAAUUUGUCAACUGUACCAGCAAACCUGUUGUUAGGGACAGUGAGGAUACGUUAUCAAUGCAGAGCACUGGCAGAAGUACCCCUGACUCCACCAGCCUUACUACACCUGAAAAUCGUGCAUUAAUUAGACGAAUGCUAAUAAAGUGUGCUGAUGUGUCAAAUCCUACCAGGCCCCUAGAAAUGUGUAUGGUGUGGGCCAGAAGGAUAUCACAGGAGUACUUUGCACAAACUGAUGAGGAGAAAAGAAGAGGACUUCCAGUGGUUAUGCCUGUCUUUGAUCGUUUAACAUGCAGUAUUCCGAAGUCUCAGAUUUCUUUCACUGAGUAUUUCAUCAUGGACAUGUUUGACGCAUGGGAUGCUUUUAUCGACUGUCCGGAGGUCAUGGAAAAUCUUCAUUACAACUACAAGUACUGGACGAUGGAGGAGGAGAAUGAACGAAGGAUAAAAGAAGAGAGGGAAAGAGAGAAAGAGAACAAAUACAAGGAUAAGGGGAAAAAAUAGUACAACACUUUUUGCUAACAAAAUUAUUUUCUUAAAUGUGUAAAUUAAUAAGUUAACUGUCAUUUCAGGUAAAUACUUGACAUUUUUGUCCACAUACAUGUACCUUAUGGGUGGAAGGGUAAACAGAAUUGACUUUUCAAACAAAUUAUAUAGCCCGUUUCAUAAAACAGUUUAUAUCACUUCAAAGUAUCAUCCUUGGCUUUAACUUUCACCCUUGUGCUAUUUUUGGAACAUGUAUUGAACAUGUUUGUAGAACUUGCAAAAUUGACAUUUUAACCCUAUUUUUGGCCCUCAAAAUGUCAACUUGCAAGGGUCUUAAAAUAUAUUCCUUUCCGUUGUGAUUAGUGCCAAUGUUGGUCUUUUCAUUUCUGGUGAGAAAACAUUUGGCAAUUGUAUCCUGUUGUGACAGUUCUGCCUUCAAAAUAGUUUGUAUUCCCAAAACAGGGAAAAAUGCAUUUUUGCACAAGUGUUUUAUCCCUAGACAAAAAAUAAUACCAAUAAUGACCCUACCCGAAAGAGAAAUAUUCUGAGACCCCUAGAAUCUGAAGACAGCACAACCUUUCUUACUCUUAACGAUGUGCAGGGGAAUUUCUAAAUGUUACUUUCACCAAAGGAGGUGCUUUUCACAACACUUUGUUGUACCAUGUAAAACAUGAUUUAUGUCAUCAAAACUUCCUGUACAAUGUUGAGUUAUCCAUAAGCCGAGUGCUUAGGAAAAGUUGUUGGAUUGAUGGAUUAAUGUUAUUAAUUCAAACUGAAGGAAAAACUUCAAAAUGCAUUUUUCCCUGUUUUGGGAUAAAGUUUAUUUUUGAGUACCGGAACAACAGGAUACAAUUGACCAGGUUUUUCUCACAGUAAUGAAAAGACUGUUGGCCCUAAUAACAACUGACAGGAAAAUACUCUGAGAUCCCUGGCAAGUUGACUUUUUGAGGGCAUAAAAUAGGGUAAAUUUUUGCAAGUUCUGCGAACAUGCUCUAUACACCAAUACAUGUUCUAAAAAUUGGAUAACAGCAAAAUUUAUAGCAAUAGUUUUUCUGUAUCAAGUAAUUAGAAUGAUACUUUGUAGCGAUAUAAAAGGUUUUAUGAAAUAAUUUUUGCAUUUUGGUGGGAUGGAGUUAUAAAUAUUAGCUAAAAAAAAAAUUUUUAUGACCCCAAAAUUUGCCUAAAUUGUACCCCAAAAAACAAAUGAGCUGUAACAAUGGCAACAGGCUAUAUGAUUUGAAAAGUUGAUACUGUUUUCUUGCACCCCAAGUCCCUUCCACGCACGAAGGAUUUUGGUUUUGACCAGAAAAUUUAAAGUAUUUACUUGAAAUGACACUUAAUACGCCAAGUGUUCCUCAACUCUCAUCAACAAAUAAUUAGCUGUUCCGACGUACAUGUACAUGGAGUGGUCGGAAAAGCUAUUGAAAUCAAGUAUAAAAGAGUCAGAUCCUACAAUGUAUGUCAUAUUAAAGCUUAGGUAUUGGAGUUACAGUUAUAGUUAGCUUAAAAUAAUCAAUUAAUUGAUUAAUUGACACAAGUAUUUAAUUAGCCAUUUUUUUAGACCACCAUAUACCAAGAAAUAUACCUCCGAUCGUCAAACUUGUUCCGAUGUUGUACUUUUGGGGUACUGUAUAACUAUUCUAUGGCUUUAAAUUCUGGACAAAAUGUCACCAUGACGUCAUGUACAUGUAUUGCACAGUUUGUGUAUGUGCACAAACACAAUGGCUCUUCAAAUGUUAAAUGUACAACUGGUCAAAAACACAAUAACUUCAAAAUUAUUUAUCUGUUUGUUUCCUAAAUUUCAUAUUCUGUGUUGAAAAAUUAACUGGUUUUAAUAAGAGAUGUUCUGUCUAUAAUUAGUGAAUAAUUAUAAGUGGUACAUUGUGUAGUACUUCAUAAACUGGAUGUACAUGUACAAUGUACAUGUAGUCAUUACUCUCAUAUUAUUGUUAAACCUUCUUUAUGGUAAAUGCCAUAUUACAGUGUGGACCUGAAUGAGUUGUGGACUUACUUGAGGGGAUGUUAUUGUUGGAACUGCGUUGCUUAUUUUUGUUUUCUUACCGUGUUCUGGGCCAAUUACUUUGUACAUGUACAAAGUAUAACAAUCCAUUGGAUUUGUACACAACCAAUACAUUGUACAUUAGAUUCCUAUGAAGGUUUAGGGUUUCGUUAAAACGAACGUACGUUUUAGCAGCCAAAGAGUGACCGACUGGUACUGAUUCCUGUAGUGGUAAUGCAUCAGGUACCACAGCAAGCAUGUUGACUAACACCAGUUCCUGUGGUACAGAAAAUGCCUGUGGUUCUGUGGGGAACAUCAGGUACCACAGGAAAUACUAACUACCACAGCCAGUCGCUGAUAUUACCACACAAGUGUAGUUAUGGGUUCCUGUAGUACAUUAUAUUCCUGUAGUAUUUUGUGCGGUACAUCAAGGUGUACCACAGGAAAUAUCAUUUUACAACAGCCAAUCUGUAGACAUUACCACACAAGUUCCUGUGGUAUUUAAUAUUCCUGUGGUAUUUUUGGAGGACCACUCAUGUACCACAGGAAGUAUUACUUACCACAGGCAGUUUUUGACAUUACCAUUAUACGAGUGUACAUGUGGUUAGGAGUUCCUGUGGUACUUGAUAUUCCUGUAGUACUUUGUGUGGUAACAUCAGGUACCACAGGAAAUAUUGUUUUACCACAGCCAGCUUGUAGACCUUACCACACAAGUUCCUGUGGUACUUAAUACUCCUGUGGUAUUUUGUGUGGUAACAGCAAGUACCACAGGGGUUACCACAGGAAAUUUGUGUAAGGGAGGGGUUUUGUAAAAGGCAUUGGAUUGGGGUAAGUAUAACAUGUACAUGUACAUACCAUCUUGUACCUUAUCAAAUUUAUUAGUAUGAAAAACUCACUUUUGUUACUACGACGUCAUGAGGUGUCAAGUUAUGGUAAUUAAAAGCUUUCAUGAGUGUUUUUUUGCAGCACCAUACAUGUACAUGUAUCUCAAGAAGUACUUGGCCAAUUUCAACUCUUUUUUUUAGUAAAAAGUACACUUCUUAGGCAUAGGAUAGUAGCCUUGGGUAACCGUGACCCCAAGUUGACCUUUGCUUCCGGGUCAACCGGAAUUUGGACCAUAAUAUCUCAAGAACUACAACCAAUUUUCAAACUUUUUCAGGUAUAGACUCCUUAAAAUAAUAGACCUUUGUCACUGUGUGGUCCUCUUAAUUUUACUCCAUUUCAGCUCAUUGUAACCAAACUGAGGCUGCCUGGAUGAAAUAAUAGUCUGGUGCCAUGCGCAAUGAGUGUUAGCAUUC